GCAUGUGUAUACUGUUUUCUACUAGAGGAACAUCUCUGAAGGGCUAAAUCUCAACACUACUGUAACCUUGCGCCUUUGUGCACUUGAUUGUUGAUUCUCAGCCAUCUUCCUCCUGAGUGUCCUCUGCAGACUGCCCGUCUCCAUCUUCAGCGUAGACAUGCGACACCGACAUAUACGUGUCAAAAUCGUCUCCAAUCUUAGCCUACUGUUCACUUGAGUGACAGACAUUCACCAAUGUUUUUCUCUCAAUAAAAUCAAUGAAAUGUAGCCAUGUCUUUUCGGCCAAACAAACAGGAUCCAGCGCCAUUGAGCAUGGAGGAGCUCAACAGGAGCUUCUUCCCCUGUUGGGCUAGCCCAAGAUAGGUGAACGAUAUUGCCUUGCCCAUGGUUCUUCCCAUCGGCGUGAUCUUGUUGGAAGGCCGACAAAACAGAAACAGCUGGAUAGGUGAAUUCAUCCCAUCUCGCUCCGAACUCCGAAGCAACCCAGCCGCGAAGAGCCUCAAUGCAUCUGAUGCGCACUGCAGGCCUAUUCGAACUCGAUUCGGACCUGGGACGGGACCCGAUCGACCCCCCCUCGCUCAUAUAUGCCGGCUGGAUGGGCGGCGGCGGCGGCGCCGUCAGUCUAGCCCGCCGCCGGACCACCCUUACGAAUACAUCAUGAUCCCCGGGGGCGGCCGCUUCGACAUCCCUGAAGGAGAGGACAAGGAAGAGUGGAUCCAGUUCUUUGAGGAAGCUGCUAGAGCCACCAGGGAGGGCCGAGGGCAUCGCCGCGCUGCGGCGACGGACGUCCAGCCGACGGCAUCAACCGUGCCACGAUGCUGCCCGACUGCACCCACCGCGACGGCGCCGUCUACAGCGUCACCGGUGGAUGGCAUAAGAUCUACCGCAUCUCCGACGCCGAUGAGAGGUUCUCCUAUAGAGAUGAUUGGUCCCAAGCGAGGUACUGAUAUGUCUGUUGGUGUACUCAUAGAAUUUGAUAUGAAGAUUAAGAGAGGAGAAGAAGAAUUAGAUGACACACAGUUAAUCGAUGGAGUAACAGAUUUCGAUGAAUUAAUGACACCAGCGUUCAAACCGUUCUUGAGUCGUAUCGAUGGUGUUGGUGGUGCGGUUGACAUGACAUUUAGCUAUGUUCCACUUUGCUGUGGAGGCAACAAUAGAAGUGGACAUAACUCAUGUUUAUGAAAAUGGUUUCCAUCUGGUCCUUACUUAUUCAGUAAGUGGACUAGUAGUAGAGAAAGAAAUCCAUCUCUUUGAUGGCGCCGUUGGUCAGCCAUGUGGAUUAAGAAAGUUUGUUGUUGCCGUGAACCUACAUGCUUUGAUGCAUUUGAAGUUCAAGUUUAUUGAUGAUGCCAUCACCAAUGAAGCUGAAUGUUGUGCCUACUUCAAAUCAAAGCAGCAUGGAUAUGACACGCAGCAAUUACAGCAUAAUGGAGCAUCUGUCAUGGUGAAAGUGAGUUGGUCAACUUUGUGUCAUUCUUUAUCAAGAAACGGUUGCCGGUUUUUAGUUGCGAUACUGACUUUGAGCAGAUCCAAAUCUUAAUGUUGUAUACUAGAAAUGAGGAGACCGAAUCCCAAUUCCUCCUUUGUUUGCUGGGGUGAACAUGCCUGGGAAGUACAUAUUUCUGUGGAACGCAACCAGGAUGCUGUAGUAUAGAAUAUUAGCAUGUAGAAGAUGAAGGAAAGAGAUUAAUAAUAUGCAAGAGAUGGUUUUGGGUGAUGAGAAAUUAUAUUGGUGCUGAAAUUUUAUGUGAUGGUAUGCCUUGGAGUGCUUGUGUUUUUGUUGGCUUGCACAUUUAUGUUU